GGGAUCAGCUGUGCCAGUCCCUGAAGGCCACACCACACUGACUGCCUGCCUGUACGCUGGCACACACAGUUCCAGGCACUGCCAACACAGAGAUAGAGCUGUGCCUCCAGCCUACCCUCGUCACCAAGUCUACUGAGCCACUCUGGAUACCACUGAUGUCUUAGUAACCGGAUGGCAAACAACCAAAUGCAGAUCAACAUUAUCCUUCGUCUUCUCUAUCGAACAUGAAGCCCUUUGCUCGGGGCUAAGAGGAGAGGGGAUUUUCCUUGUCUUGGUUUUUGUGGAAAUGGAGGGGUAUUAAUUCUGCGUCUCUGUGUCUGUCGUGAGGUGACAUCUUGAGAUGCUGACAGGACACCUGGAGAAGAACAGCAGGGCUGGCUUUGGCCGGACGAAGCCGCUCAAGAUGAACAUGGUGAAGAGGAUCAUGGGUAGGCCGCGGCAGGAGGAGUGUAGCCCGCAAGACAAUGCACUUGGCCUCAUGCACCUCAGACGCCUCUUCUCAGAGCUCUGCCACCCUCCACGUCACAUGACCCAGAAGGAGCAGGAGGAGAAACUCUACAUGAUGCUGCCCGUCUUCAACAGGGUGUUUGGUAACGCUCCCCCCAGCACCAUGACAGAGAAGUUCCAGGACCUCCUCCAGUUCACUACCCAGGUGUCCCGGCUCAUGGUCACAGAGAUCAGACGGAGGGCCUCCAACAAGUCCACAGAGGCAGCCAGUAGAGCCAUCGUCCAGUUCCUGGAGGUGAACCACAGUGAAGAGGCGUCACGUGGCUGGAUGCUACUGACCACCAUCAACCUGCUAGCAUCCUCCGGACAGAAAACGGUGGACUGCAUGACCACCAUGUCGGUGCCCUCCACCCUGGUGAAGUGUCUGUAUCUGUUCUUUGACCUUCCUCACAUGGCCGAGGCCCCUGGGGCCUCACAGACCCAGACCCCAGAGCUGCCCCAGGCUGACCGUCGGGCCCUGCUGCAGAAGGUCUUCGCACAGAUCCUGGUGAAGCUGUGUAGCUUUGUCUCUCCGGCGGAGGAACUGGCCCAGAAAGACGAUCUCCAGCUACUCUUCUCUGCCAUCACGUCCUGGUGCCCCCCCCACAACCUGCCCUGGAGGAAGAGCGCCGGCCAGGUCCUCACCACCAUCUCACGACACGGACUCAGCGUCAACGUCAUCAAGUAUAUCCACGAGAAAGAGUGCCUGGCCACAUGUAUCCAGAACAUGCAGCAGUCAGAUGACCUCUCACCCCUGGAGAUCGUAGAGAUGUUUGCCGGUCUGUCCUGCUUCCUGAAGGACUCCAGCGACGUCUCCCAGACCCUGCUGGACGACUUCAGGAUGUGUCAGGGAUACACGUUCCUCUGCGACCUCAUGCUCAGAUUGGAGCAGGCCAAAGAGGAGGACAGCAGUGAUGCUCUGAAGGAUCUGGUCAACCUAGUGACGCUUCUGACCACCUAUGGCGUGACGGAUCUCAAACCGGCCGGUCUCACCACUGGAGCCCCCUUUCUCCUGCCCGGCUUCGUACUCCCACAGCCUUCUGGGAAAGGCCACACGGUGAGGAACCUCCAGUCGUUCUCCGUCCUACAGAAUGCCUUCCUGAGGGCUAAGACGUCACGGCUGACCGGCACGCUGCUGGACGCCAUCGGCAACAUCUACGCCGCCGACCACGCCAACUACUUCAUCCUGGAGGCACAACACACACUCUCACAGUUCGCUGACAAGGUGGCCAAGCUGCCAGAUGCCCAGACAAAGUACUUUGACCUGUUGGAGUUUGUAGUGUUCAGUCUGAACUAUGUCCCCUGUAAGGAGCUGUUCAGUGUCAGCGUCCUGCUGAAGGGCUCUACGUCAUACACCUGCAGUAUCACAGCCACCAGGACUCUGUUGAAGUUGAGUCGUCAUGACGCAGUGUUCAGUGAUGUGUUGAGAGAGGUGGGGCUGCUGGAGGUGCUGGUUAACCUCCUGCAUAAAUACGCUGCCCUGCUCAAAGACCCCGCAACGCAACAACAGACUCAGUCACAGAACAACGAACAAGGUGACUGUAAGAACAGCAGUGUAGCGGAGGAACAGAAACAGUUAGCUUGGCUGGUCAUGGAGACGCUGACUGUCCUGCUGCAAGGCUCCAACACUAACGCAGGUCUGUUCAGAGAGUUUGGAGGGGCGCGGUGUGUCCACAACAUAGUGAAGUAUGAUCAGUGCAGGGAACAUGCUCUGAUGAUCAUUCAGCAGCUGGUUCUGUCCUCUAGCGGAGAUGAUGACAUGGGAACACUCCUGGGUCUGAUGCACUCUGCCUCGUCCACCGAGCUACAGCUCAAAACAGACAUACUACAGACUCUCCUGGCUGUGCUGAGAGAAAGCCAUCGCACGCGGACAGUCUUCCGGAAGGUCGGGGGCUUUGUGUAUGUGACGUCCCUACUCGUUGCCAUGGAGCGCUCUCUGUGUCAGCCGCCGCGUCACGGGUGGGAACGGGCCAAUCAGAACCAAGUGUUUGAGCUCCUCCACACCGUCUUCUGCACGUUGACCGCUGCCAUGCGCUACGAACCCGCCAACUCACACUUCUUCAGGACGGAGAUCCAGUAUGAAAAACUGGCAGACGCUGUCAGGCUGCUGGGUUGUUUCUCGGAGGCCAAGAAGGUUGGAGUCACGGGAGUGUUCCCUUCCAAUGCCCAGCCCUUCCUGAGGCUGCUGGAGGACGACGGGGCAGGGGGCGGGACUGGGGACAACAUCUGCCCCACCCUCAAACACUGCAGCAAGCUCUUCAUCUACCUUCAUAAGAUGGCCACCGACUCCUUCGACAGUCGUGCGGAGCAGGUUCCCCCCUGCCUCACUCACGAGACCUCCCUGCCAUCCCCCUGGGGUACGCCAGCGCUCGCCAGGAAGAGGCACGGCUACCAGGGCACAUCAGGCCCCCCUGCAGGGGUCCGAGCCUUGACGGACCUAAACAUGAAACUACAACUGGCCAACUCUUCCUCCUCGUCGGACUCGGUGGUCAUCCACCCUGGGGCGGGGCUAGCAAUGCUGGACCUGCUAGCCUCCGUCAGCUCCGACAGCCAACCAGAGCAUGCUCUGGACCUUCAGCUAGCAGUGGCUAACAUCCUGCAGCUGCUGGUCCACAGUGAGAGAAACCAGCAGAUCCUGUGUGAAGCAGGUCUCCACAGCAGACUACUGCAGCGCUGCAGCCUGGCCCUGGGAGACGAGGAACACCCCCUACACCCACCGCUGCAGAGGAUGUUUGAGAGGCUGGCCUCACAGGCCCUGCAGCCUAUGGCCCUGAGAGAGUUCCUCCGGCUGGGUAACCCUCUAAACUGUGGCGCCUGGGACAAGAAGCUGCUCAAACAGUAUCGUGUCCACAAACCCUCCUCCCUGAGCUACGACGCAGAGAUGAGAAACUCUAUGACUAUAUCGAUGGAGGGCUGUUUUGGUCCCGACACCGUGUUCCCAGCGGCCGGUGAAGACAACAGUCAGUACCGGAUCAGCCGUAGCCUGGUGCGCUCGGCCGAGGGGAGCACCGUGCCGCUCACACGCGUCAAGUGCCUGGUCUCCAUGACAACGCCCCACGACAUCCGCCUUCACGGCUCGGCCGUCACUCCAGCCUUCGUGGAGUUUGACACCUCGCUGGAGGGCUUUGGGUGUCUGUUCCAGCCAAGCCUGGCUCCUCACAACGCUCCCUCUAACAAUGCCAACACAGGAGGAGUCAGUGAUGGAGCCGUGGUCUCUGGGAUUGGAGCAGGAGAGCGUCUGUUCCCCCCUCCGUCUGGUCUAAGCUACUCUACGUGGUUCUGUGUGGAGAGGUUCAGCUCUGCCCCCCACACCCACCCUGUCCGUCUGCUGACGGUGGUCCGACGGGCCACAUCCUCAGAACAACACUAUAUCUGUCUGGCCGUGGUUCUGUCUGCUAAGGACCGGUCCCUGACGGUGUCCACCAAGGAGGAGCUGCUGCAGAGCUAUGUAGAUGACUUCAGUGAGGUUCCUUCGUUCUUCGAGGUUCUGGCGUGCUGCGUGCGCAGGUUCCGCUGCGGAGAGCUGAUCGGAGAGGGUCAGUGGCACCACCUGCUGUUAGUCAUGAGUAAAGGCAUGAAAAACAGCAUGGCCACGCUGUACAUCGACGGACAACUGUUCCAAACCACCAAGCUCCACUACAUCCACAGUUCUCCUGGUGGUUCUGGGAGCACCAACCCUCCUGUGGUCAGCACCGUGUACAGCUACAUAGGCACUCCCCCUGCCCAGAGACAGCUGUCCAAUCUGGUGUGGCGCCUGGGGCCCACACACUUCCUGGAGGAGGGGCUUCCUGCUGCCAGCGUCGCUGCGGUGUACGAGCUCGGUCCCAACUACACAGGCAGCUUUCAGGCCGUCUACCUGCUCUGUAAAGACUCUAAGACUGGAGAGCCUUCAUGUCCAGUCGCCCUGGUCCCAGAGGAGAAGGUAUCCUUCAGCCUGUACGCCCUCUCUGUCUCUGCCCUCACCGUGGCCAAGAUACGCAAGGUCUACAACAAGCUGGACAGCAAGGCCAUCGCUAAACAGUUGGCUGUGUCGUCUCAUGAGAAUGCCACUCCGGUCAAGCUGAUCCACAACGCGGCCGGUCACCUCAACGGUCCAGCACGCACCAUAGGAGCAGCUGUCAUUGGAUACCUGGGUGUGCGUGCGUUCGUCCCCAAGCCUGUGGCGACUAACCUGCAGUACGUGGGCGGGGCUGCGGCCAUUUUGGGCCUGGUUGCCAUGGCGCAGGACGUUGAGGGUCUCUACGCGGCCGUCAAGGCGAUGGUGUGCGUCGUCAAGAGCAACCCGCUGGCCAGCAAGGAGAUGGAGCGCAUCAAAGGCUACCAGCUGCUGGCCAUGUUGUUGAAGAAGAAGCGUCACCUGCUGAACAGCCACAUCCUGCACCUGACCUUCUCCCUGGUGGGAACAGUAGACAGCGGCCACGAGACCUCCAUCAUCCCCAACACCACCGCCUUCCAGGACCUGCUCUGUGACUUCGAGGUGUGGCUCCAUGCACCCUACGAACUGCACCUGUCCCUGUUUGAACACUUUAUAGAGCUCCUCACUGAGUCCAGUGAGGCAGCGAAGAACGCUAAGUUGUUACGAGAGUUCCAGCUGAUUCCCAAGCUGCUGUUAACCCUGAGAGACACGUCUCUGUCUCAGCCCACCAUCUCUGCUAUCAGCAACGUUUUGAGUCUGCUACUGCAAGGGUUCCCCAACCCAUAUGACCUGCUACGGUUUGGCCAGUUCAUCUCAUCCACCCUGCCAACCUUUGCUGUGUGUGAGAAGUUUGUAGUGAUGGAGGUCAACAACGAGGAGAAGAUAGAUGGAGGUAAUGAUGAAGACCUUGGGGGUCUUCUGUCGGCCAACCUGAUCCUGUUGAGGAACAGACUGCUAGACAUCCUUCUCAAACUGCUCUUCACCACCAAGGAGAAAUGCACCGUCAACGCACAGGCAUGUGAGGAGUUGGUGCGUACCCUGGGCUUCGACUGGUUGUUGAUGUUCACGGAGGAGCACCUCCACUCCAGCAGUGUAACAGCAGCUCUGUGGAUCCUGGUGGUUCUCCUCAGUAACCAGCCCAUACUGACCAGGUUCAGAGAGGGACUGACCGGAGGCGAAUGGCUGGACCACACUGACUCUGUCCUCACCAACAAGAUCGGCACCGUGAUGGGCUUCAACGUGGGCCGCAGCGCCGGCGGUCGCUCCACGCUACGGGAGAUCAACCGAGACGCCUGCCAUUUCCCAGGGUUCCCUGUUCUGCAGACGCUGCUGCCGAAACACACCAACGUCCCCGAGCUCUACUUCCUGCUGAUGGCCCUGUUCCUGCAACAACCCGUCACAGAGCUGCCGGACAGCCUCCAGGUACAUUUUGACCUGGACUCUAUCUGGACGUUUGUCUUUGGAGUCCCUGCUUCCAGCGCCACCAUAGUGGGAUCCAUCCACAGUGUCUGCACCGAGGCUGGCUUCCUGUUACUGGGGAUGCUGAGGAGCAUGCUCAACCUGCCGUGGCAGUCUGAGGAAGAGGGUUCGUGGCUGAGGGAGUACCCGGUGACUCUGAUGCAGUUCUUCAGGUACCUGUAUCACAACGUCCCAGACCUGGCCCCAAUGUGGCACAGCCCAGAGUUCCUGUGUGUCCUGGCUGCCUCAGUCUUCCCCUUCAACAUCAGGCCCUACUCUGAGAUGGUGAGUGACCUGGAUGACGAAGCAGGGUCACCAACGGAAGAAUUCAAGGCCUUCACCGCCGACACGGGCAUGAACCGUAGCCAAUCGGAAUACUGCAACGUGGGUUCGAAGACCUACCUGACCAAUCAUCCGGCCAAGAAGUAUGUGUUUGACUUCAUGAAGGUGCUGAUCAUGGACAACCUGUGUCUGACUCCGGCCAACAAACAGACGUCCACCAUAGACCUACUGUUAGAGGCGUCCCCAGAGCGCUCCACCAGGACUCAGCAGAAAGAGUUCCAGUCCCACAUCCUGGACUCUGUCAUGGAACACCUGCUGGCUGCUGAUGUCCUCCUAGGUGAGGAUGCAUCCUUGCCCAUCACCAUUGGAGGGAGCUACCAGGUACUGGUGAACAACGUGUUCUUCUUCACACAGCGCGUGGUGGACAAGCUGUGGCAGGGCAUGUUCAACAAGGAGUCCAAGAUGGUGGUGGAGUUUAUAGUGCAGCUUAUAGGACAGUCCAAGAGGAGGUCGCAGAGUCUGUCUCUGGACUCUCUCUAUCACUGUCUGAACCGUACGGUCCUGUACCAGCUGUCUCGACCUCACAAGACCGUACCUCAGCAGGUAGCUCUGCUGGACUCUCUACGGGUGUUGACCGUCAACCGUAACCUGGUACUGGGACCGGGCAACCACGACCAGGAGUUUGUAGCCUGUCUGGCUCACUGCUUCAUCAACCUGCACGUUGGGAGUAGUGUGGAGGGUUUUGGUUUGGAGGCAGAGGCUCGUAUGACCACCUGGCACGUCAUGAUGCCCGCUGAGAAUGGACCUGAUAACAGACACAGCCAGGAAGUUAGCGAAGGUCGCCAGCUGCUGCUGAAGGCAGUAAACCGUGUGUGGACAGAGCUGAUGCACAGCAAAAGACCCAUGUUGGAGGACAUCUUUAAGGUAUCCCUCCCCACCAACGACAGAGGACAUGUAGAUAUCAGCACCGCUCGGCCUGCCCUGGAAGAACCUGCCCUGAAGAGCUGGCAGAACCACCUGGUCCAUGAGAAGAAGUGUAUUAGCAGAGGGGAGUCGGUGGCUCCGGCCAGCCAGUCCAAGCUGUCUCGGGUCAGUAGUGGUUUUGGUCUGUCCAAGUUGACCGGCGCUCGACGCAACAAGAAGGAAAACUCCCUGAACAAGAACAACCUUUCUGCACAGGAGACGUUCCAGUGGAUGUUCACCCACAUAGCGGUGGUCAGGGACCUGGUGGCCAUGCAGUAUAAAGAGUACCAGGAGAGGCAGCAGAAUGUCCUAAAAUACGUGACAGAGGAGUGGUCAUCUAUAGAGUAUGAGCUGCUGAGAGAGCGGGGCCUCUGGGGGCCCCCCAUCGGAUCCCACCUGGACAAGUUCCUACUCGAGAUGACCGAGGGGCCCUGUCGCAUGAGGAAGAAGAUGGUCCGCAACGACAUGUUCUACAUUCAUUAUCCAUACGUCCCCGAGCCUGAACCCAGCACUAAUGGCCAAGUACAGAAGCCGGUGCGUUACCGCCGAGCGAUAAGCUACGACAGUAAGGAGUACUACAUGAGACUGCUGUCAGGGAACCCUGGGAUGUAUCAGCACUCUAUAGAGCAGGACACUGAGGGAGAGACCACUCAGCAUGAACCUGGAGAGGUGCACGGAGAGGACACCAUCGCCAGAGUCAAAGGUCUGGUGAAGGCCCCUCUGAAGAGGUCACGCUCCACCACGGACAGAGCCGAUGAGGAACAAGACCUGCUCCCGGAACAGAUCUUAGAGUCAGGAGGUCUGGACGAGGAACAGAGGACAGACAACACAUCACUGCUACGACUACUGGAGGAGGGAGAGAAGAUCCAGCACAUGUACCGGUGUGCGCGGGUGCAGGGUCUGGACACUAGCGAGGGGCUGCUCCUGUUCGGGAAGGAGCACUUCUAUGUCAUCGACGGUUUCACCAUGACCGUCAGCAGAGAGAUCAGAGACAUCGAGACGCUGCCCGCCAAUCUUCAUGAGACCAUCAUCCCCAGAGGUGCGAGGCAGGGUCAGAGCCAGCUGAAGAGGACAUGUAGCAUCUUCGCUUACGAGGACAUUAAGGAGGUCCACAAGAGACGAUACCUGUUGCAGCCCAUGGCUGUGGAGGUGUUCUCAGGAGAUGGGAGGAACUACCUGCUGGCCUUCCAGAAAGGAGUCCGUAACAAGGUGUACCAGAGGUUCCUCGCCGUGGUUCCCUCUCUGGCUGACAGCUCAGAGUCCGUCUCAGGACAAAGGCCCAACACCAGCGUAGAACAGGGGUCUGGGCUACUCAGCACUCUGGUAGGAGAGAAAUCUGUCACCCAAAGAUGGGAGCGUGGAGAGAUCAGUAACUUCCAGUAUCUGAUGCAUCUCAACACCCUGGCUGGUCGCUCCUACAACGACCUGAUGCAGUACCCUGUCUUCCCCUGGAUCCUGGCUGACUACGACUCUGAGGAGUUGGACCUAAACAACCCACGGACGUUCCGUAACCUGGCUAAACCAAUGGGAGCCCAGACAGACGACAGGCUGACCCAGUACAAGAAGAGGUUCAAGGACUGGGAGGACCCUACCAGUGAGACCCCGGCGUAUCACUACGGUACACACUACUCCUCAGCCAUGAUCGUGGCGUCCUACCUGAUCCGCAUGGAACCUUUCACUCAGAUCUUUCUCAGGCUUCAGGGAGGUCACUUUGACCUGGCUGACAGGAUGUUCCACAGCGUGCGUGAGGCCUGGCUCUCUGCCUCCAAACACAACAUGGCCGACGUCAAGGAGCUCAUCCCGGAGUUCUUUUACCUGCCAGAGUUCAUGCUCAACUCUAACAACUUUGACCUGGGUGCCAAACAGAAUGGGAUUCGACUAGGAGACGUCCUUCUGCCUCCAUGGGCCAAGGGAGACCCCCGAGAGUUCAUCAGAGUCCAUCGACAGGCUCUGGAGUGUGACUACGUAUCGUCCCACCUCCAUGAGUGGAUCGACCUGAUCUUUGGCUUCAAGCAGCAGGGUCCUCCUGCGGUGGAGGCAGUCAAUGUGUUCCACCACCUGUUCUACGAGGGCCAGGUGGACAUCUACAACAUCAACGACCCCCUCAAGGAGACCGCCACCAUCGGGUUCAUCAACAACUUCGGACAAAUCCCCAAACAGUUGUUUAAGAAGCCCCACCCUCCGAAGCGUGUACGUAGUAAGUCUAACGGGGAGAUGGCAGGGGGCGUGCCCGUCUCUCUCUCCUCAACCACUGACAAGAUCUUCUUCCAUCAUCUGGACAACCUCAGACCCUCGCUAGCCCCCGUCAAAGAGCUGAAAGAGCCAGUGGGCCAGAUCGUGUGUACUGAGAAGGGCAUUCUGGCUGUGGAGCAGAAUAAAGUCCUCCAACCUCCUGUCUGGAACAAGACCUUUGCCUGGGGUUACGCUGAUCUCUCCUGCAGACUGGCCAACUAUGAGUCCGACAAGGCGGUGGUGGUGUAUGAGUGUCUGUCAGAGUGGGGUCAGAUCCUGUGUGCCAUCUGCCCCAACCCCAAGCUGGUCAUCACCGGGGGAACCAGCACUGCCAUCUGUGUCUGGGAGACGGGCACAUCCAAGGAGAGGGCCAAGACCCUCACACUCAAACAGGCGUUGCUGGGCCAUACAGACACAGUAACCUGUCUGACAGCCUCGUCAGCGUAUCACAUCCUGGUGUCUGGUUCUAGAGACAGGACCUGCAUCAUCUGGGACCUCAACAAACUGUCCUUCGUCACACAGCUCAGAGGACACAGGGCCCCCGUCUCCGCCCUUUGCAUCAACGAACUCACGGGGGACAUAGUGUCUUCGGCGGGCACCUACAUCCAUGUGUGGAGCAUUAACGGCAGUCCCAUAGCCAGCGCCAACACCUUCACAGGCCGCUCACAGCAGAUCCUCUGUUGCUGCGUGUCAGAGAUGAACGAAUGGGACACGCAGAACGUCAUCGUCACCGGACACUCCGACGGCGUCGUCAGGUUCUGGAGGAUGGAGUUCCUACAAGUCCCAGAAACCCCUGCUCCAGAGCCCAUCGAGCCCCCUGAUGUAACUGACUGCUGUACAGAGGACAAGCUGGCAGAGGGACCCGAGAGCCAGAACGCUGACGACGACAGCAGCGAAUCAGACGGAGACGAGCCCUGCCUCAGCACAGAGUCCAAACCCUCCCCUCUGCCCAACGCUGCAGCUGGGGGAGGAGCUGGAUCGGUUGGGGGAGGAUCAGGCAGCCAACCAGGCAGCACCGUCCACAGACCCAAAGUUCCUAGGGGUCCCGGUGCCCCCGGGGGUCGGCCAGGGGCCUCCUGGUCAGUGGACAGCGGGUCAGAUGACUCCCGACGCUGGUCAGACACCCUCAGCCUGGACGAGAAGGACGGCUUUGUGUUCGUCAACUACUCCGAGGGACAGACGGGACAGACACCCCUCAAACCAGGGGUCCACCCUCACCCCCAGCUUCACCCUCCGCACCCCAUAGCAGGUCAUGUGGGGGUCCCCCAGCCCGUACACCCCACCACCAUGGAGGCACGGCCCUAUAACCAGCUCAGAGCAGGCUACAGAUGGGAGCGACAGCUGGUGUUCCGUAGUAAACUGACCAUGCACACUGCAUUCAACCGGAAGGACAACGCUCACCCAGCCGAGAUCACAUCCCUCGCCAUCUCCAAGGACCACAGUAAGAUCCUGGUGGGUGAUGGUCGUGGCAGAGUGUUCAGCUGGUCGGUGAGUGACCAGCCUGGUCGUUCUGCUGCUGACCACUGGGUGAAGGACGAGGUUGUGGACAGCUGUUCUGGCUGUACCGUACGUUUCUCCCUCACAGAGAGACGUCACCACUGCAGGAACUGUGGACAGCUCUUCUGUCAGAAGUGUAGUCGUUUCCAGUCUGAGAUCAAGCGUCUGAAGAUCUCAUCCCCGGUGAGGGUCUGUCAGAACUGUUAUUAUAACCUGCAGCACGAGCGCAGUGCUGAGGACGGAUGCAGAAACUAACCAAGGUCCUCGGUCCCACACCACUACAGCGGAAAGCCUAUGUUGUGCCCGUUCUCUCUCUCGCACACCCACCCCCCCACACACACACCUCCCCCAAAAAAUACCCCACCUGUGCACCCCUCUACACACACCUGUCCAGUAACCACAUGUAACGCACUGAAUGACAUAGACUAAAAGGGAUCACCGGUUUGAACUGUGGCGAUUGUUUCCGUAACUGUGGUAGUUAGUUUAGUAUGAAGAAGACUGGGGGGUGGAUGGAUGGAUAGAAAAAGCCUAUCAAAUAGAGAGAGAAGAGUGUGAGGGGAGAGUUCGUUAAACAAUCUAAUUUCUCGCUUUCUUUCAAAGUAGGUAGUUAGUUUAGUAUGAAGAAGACUGGGGGGUGGAUGGGGGGGUGGGGGGGGGAUGGAUGGAUGGAUAGAAAAAGCCUAUCAAAUAGAGAGAGAAGAGUGUGAGGGGAGAGUUCGUUAAACAAUCUAAUUUCUCGCUUUCUUUCACAAGUCACAAAAUAAAUAAAACGCUGACCCUCAGCUCUAUCCUCCGUGUGUCACCAUUAGAUCUUAGAGACCAACAGGAAACUCAUUCAGUUCAAAACUUGUUUAUAUUGUAAAUACUUAACAUUGACCUUUUUAACGAGCAGGAGGGGGGGGGGGGGGAGAGAGAGAGAGAAAAAAAACCUGAGAAAAUAAUUAUAUUAAUGGUUGUUGAGGACAAAACAAGUGAUUGUGACUAAUCAUUCCCGGCUUUAAAAACUAAAGGAAUGUGUGUAAUGUUAGUCUAUAAUGUCACGGAAGCCCAGAGGGAAUGAGAACUGCUACGUUCCAAAUGGCACCCUAUUCCCUACGUAAGCGCACUACUUUUGACCAGAGUCCUAUGAGAAUAGGGUGCAAAGAGCAAGUCCACUAUAGAGAAUUAGGGACGCUAUUUGGGAUGUGGACGAUGAUAAUGACAGGGGGGGGGGGGGGGGGGGACUAUGAAUGUUAUAAUAAUAGUAAUAAGUGUUUGUGGGUUGACAUUACAGUUUCUAGUUAUGCAAUGACUUCUUCAUUAUUUUCUUUACAUUUAUAUUGAUGUGUGACUUGCCCACAGUGUCAAGCGACUGCCAUUAAAGUGAGAUUGCGUCAUGUCUUUUCUUCGCCAAAUCGUUUCGAUAUUAUAUAUCACGCUGAGUAGUAUGUAUGACGAGCUAACCGUGUCUGUCUUUUAUCUACCAUUGCAGGCUUUAGUUUGGAACACGUAACCCCCCCCCCCCCCCCUCCUCCCCCACCAAACAGUUUAGUUCCCAGAUUAUGUUAUUGUUGUUGUUUUUAUCAAGACUGGAGAAAAGAUCAUAUCAAAUCAAACGUUAUGUGUUUAUUUGUCACAUGCGCCGAAUACAACAGCUGUGGACCUUACCGUGAAAUGUUUAAUUACAAGCCUUUUAACUAAACAAUACAUUUUAAGAAGAAAAAAGUGUCAAGUAAAAUAAUUGUUGAGUUAAUUAUAUAUUUUUAAGUAACAAAUAAUUAAAGAGCAGCAGUAAAAUAACAAUAGCGAGACUAAAUACAGAGGGUACCGGUACAGAGUCAAUGUGGAGGCUAUAUACAGGGGGUACCGGUACAGAGUCAAUGUGGAGGCUAUAUACAGGGGGUACCGGUACAGAGUCAAUGUGGAGGCUAUAUACAGGGGGUACCGGUACAGAGUCAAUGUGGAGGCUAUAUACAGGGGGUACCGGUACAGAGUCAAUGUGGAGGCUAUAUACAGGGGGUACCGGUACAGAGUCAAUGUGGAGGCUAUAUACAAGGGGGUACCGGUACAGAGUCAAUGUGGAGGCUAUAUACAGGGGCUACCGGUACAGAGUCAAUGUGCGGGGGGCACCGGUUAGUCGAGGUAAUUGAGGGAAUAUGUACAUGUAGGUAGAGUUAUUAAAGUGACUAUGUGUAGAUAAUAAACAGUUCGGUUUCUAGGAUUUCCUUCCCGUUACCAUAGCAAUAUUUAUUUAAUACCUCCGUUGAUCUGUGGUCUCCAUAGGACAUUACUAGUUUUUCGCCUGGAGGUAAAUCAUCAUGGGUUCAUCAUCUGAAAUAGAAUAUAGAGAAUAUACACAAUAUAUGUGUGAUAGAUUCAUCUGUUUUGAUCACAUCUCAUUACUGCAUUGCUCUUGCUAUGCUACUGUAGUUGCUGUAUUGUAGAGAUAGUGUAUAGCAUUAGUGUACCUCUGCUCCCCCCCGUCUAGGUCAGGACCUCUGCUCCCCCCCGUCUAGGUCAGGACCUGUGCUCUCCCCGUCUAGGUCAGGACCUCUGCUCUCCUCGUCUAGGUCAGGACCUCUGCUCUCCCUGUCUAGGUCAGGACCUCUGCUCCCCCCCGUCUAGGUCAGGACCUCUGCUCCCCCCCGUCUAGGUCAGGACCUCUGCUCCCCCCCGUCUAGGUCAGGACCUGUGCUCUCCCCGUCUAGGUCAGGACCUGUGCUCUCCCCGUCUAGGUCAGGACCUCUGCUCUCCCUGUCUAGGUCAGGACCUCUGCUCUCCUCGUCUAGGUCAGGACCUCUGCCCUCCUCGUCUAGGUCAGGACCUCUGCUCUCCUCGUCUAGGUCAGGACCUCUGCUCUCCCCGUCUAGGUCAGGACCUCUGCUCCCCCCGUCUAGGUCAGGACCUGUGCUCCCCCCCGUCUAGGUCAGGACCUCUGCUCCCCCCUGUCUAGGUCAGGACCUCUGCUCCCCCCUGUCUAGGUCAGGACCUCUGCUCCCCCCGUCUAGGUCAGGACCUCUGCUCUCCUCGUCUAGGUCAGGACCUCUGCUCUCCCCGUCUAGGUCAGGACCUCUGCUCUCCCCGUCUAGGUCAGGACCUCUGCUCCCCCCGUCUAGGUCAGGACCUCUGCUCUCCCCGUCUAGGUCAGGACCUCUGCUCUCCUCGUCUAGGUCAGGACCUCUGCUCUCCCCGUCUAGGUCAGGACCUCUGCUCCCCCCUGUCUAGGUCAGGACCUCUGCUCUCCUCGUCUAGGUCAGGACCUCUGCUCUCCUCGUCUAGGUCAGGACCUCUGCUCUCCCCGUCUAGGUCAGGACCUCUGCUCCCCCCGUCUAGGUCAGGACCUCUGCUCCCCCCGUCUAGGUCAGGACCUCUGCUCCCCCCCGUCUAGGUCAGGACCUCUGCUCUCCCCGUCUAGGUCAGGACCUCUGCUCUCCCCCGUCUAGGUCAGGACCUCUGCUCUCCCUGUCUAAGUGGAUGAGAAAGAGUAGCAUUACACUAAUUUAUACAUUGAUUCUAAUAUGGAGAUCUAUGGAAUAGCUGCAGUAGAACUAGAAAUGAGACCCAGUUAACCAGAGAGUCCUAUGGAAUAGCUGCAGUAGAACUAGAGAUGAGACCCAGUUAACCAGAGAGUCCAAUGGAAUAGCUGCAGUAGAACUACAGAUGAGACCCAGUAGUGUGUGUUAGUGAGAGAUAAUCUAAAAUGUUCUAGGUGUUUUACAUCUACUAAGAUGAAAGCAAGUUAGGUUGUACAGUUGUAUCUGGAACGUUUGGGGAUACAAGGAUCACCUCGACAUAUAUAUAUAUAUAUAUAUUUGACUGAGGACGAUCUCUGUAGUUGAUUGCAGCAUGAAAUCCUCUGUCGGUCACAAGAAAAGCGAUUUGCUCGUCACAUUUCACUCUUGAGAUGUCGUUAGCUAGCUACGUGGCGUAUGUUAGAAGUAGUUCUCGAUGUAUGUGAGGACCGUGAAAUGCGAACAUAGUUUGUUUGUGGUCAUGAUUCCUCAUCGAUCUGCAUCCCUCCUCGUUCAUUCGUCGUGUUCUGUAUGUUGAUGAUGCUGUGGGCAACAGUGCAUUGAAGUGCUGCUUUCUUUACUAGAAAUCACUUUUUAUUUUUUACACUUGAUUUUUUUUUUUUUUGUAACUAGAUUUUUUGUUGUUGGAGAGUCUCUUCUGACAGAUAAAACACUUUGAGCUGUUACACAAGUGCAGUCAAUGAGUUGUUAAUGAUCGAUUACAGUGUGACGACUCCCCCCCCCUCCCCCUCCGUGUUAUAUGCACUCUUAUUACUAUUGGUAAAUCACUCUAGGUAUGUACUGUACCAUAACAGCCAGCUGAUAACAUGUCUGUUACUAAGCAACUUCAAAAUAAACCAGAUGGCUUAUUAUUGUUAUUAUUCUUAUUCAUCUGAGUUCAUUAUUUCCACCUUCUCCAUGUACAAAAAAAAAUAAUUAACAAACAAAAAAAGUUUAGAAAGGAAUACGAAUCAUGAUUUUUAUCGAAUGCAAAUUUUACGUUGUCAGGCUAUCAUUUUUUUUUUUUUUUUUUUAAAGAAAAGGGUGCAUUUCUUCUCCAGAGUGAAAUGAACUGUAUAAAGUAUUUAUGCAAAUAUUAACUUGGAGUUUUUCAUUAUUUUUUUUUACGUCAGGAAGUUGUUACGUGUUGUGUGUGGAUUAACACAACUGAUUUUGUGUCCAGUUGCAUUGAACAUGUUUUAUUAUCAUUAUUAUUUUUGUUUUCGUGAUUAUAUAUUUUUUUUCCCAGCGCAUUGUCAGUCUUAUGAGUUUGUUUUUAAGCCAUUAUUAACCCCCCGAAGCGAUAGGUCGGUGUACAGUUACGAUGGGAGUGCUGGAGAUGUACCCCAACUCUGGGUGGCCUUUUUCUAUUCUUUAUGGAGAAAAAAAAAAAAAAAAAAAGGACUGAUCAAAUUUAAAUAAUGUAUUAUUUUUGAUGGUCUUGUAUUAGACUGCAUUACUACAGUAUCUAGUGUGCAAUCUGUGAUGAUAGCUGAAUGUUCAUUGUGUAUAUGUGUUCAGUACAACAAUGAGAAGAACCGUAGAAUAACCCCUACAGAAACUGUAACAAUAAUACAAUAGAUCUGGUACGUAUAAUUGCAUUAAAUACUCGCUGUUUACCACCAAUUA